CCCAUUCUCUGUGAGUAGCGUCGGCCGAGGAUGAUACUUUUGGAGGUUCAUAGUCAAGCUGUGAUGGACAUUUUGAUCAACCGGUUUGAAACAGCCAAAGAAGAUCCGGAGUUAAAGGUGAAGCUCAAUUAUACCGUUGCAGACUUUGAUUGCGUCACGUACCAUAUUAGCGAUGGGGGUGAAAGGAGACGCAUCUUCGUGAGCAUUUUCCUUCGUUUCUUUGAAGAACUGAAGAAGCAUGGUGUUGAACAGUUUUUACGCCAGGAGUACGGUGAUCUACUGUCGCCUCAAACAGAGAACGGUCAAAGCGUAACGUUAUCGAUUGACUUGGACAAUUUGCCAGAUGAUCACGUACAGUUGGCGCGCAAAUGCGCUCUUCUGAAACGAAAUUGUAUUGCCUCCGUGUUCUUCAAGUUCUUUGACUUGCAGGCGAAAAUGGACCCAAAAUCACAUGCAGAGCGGGCCGUCAUCCACUACCGCACGGACGAGACUUUAUACAUCCAAGCUUUACACGAUCGAGUUACGGUGAUCUUUAGCACGUUGUUCAAAGAUCCAGACGACAUGUUGAUUGGUAAAGUUUUCGUACAGGAGUUUACGGAAUCCAGGAGGCGCAUUGAUCGGGCUCCCCAGGUUCUGUACUCGUUUCGUGUCCCACCCGCCGAACUGCAGGGUACCGAUGCUGCGGUAAAUGAUUCUGUGGCCUACAUCACCUUCGUGUUGAAUCCCAGGCAUCUUGCUCCUGGAAGCGUCCGUGAAAAGUCCCUAGAUCUCAUCCAUACUCUACGGAACUAUUUGCACUACCAUAUCCAAUGUUCGAAAGCCUACAUUCAAAUGCGGAUGCGCGCCAAGACCGUUGACUUCCUCAAAAUCAUCAAUCGGGCUCAUUUGGAAAAAUCCGAACACGCUGUAAUAAACGUCUCCCCGAUUGGAGACAUCCUCGUGAAGCCCGUCGGUUCUGCUGAAGCUUCUGUCAACCGGUCUUCUCGAGUCAGCUAAAUCGGUGAUGGCUCAUAACACAAAGGACCUCAGCGCCCACAAGAAACUGGCCACGCCGUCUAUCCAACCCGCUGUAUUUUGACAACCAACCACUCUUGUUAACCUAUAUCUGUUUUGGCUGUGCUCUUUUGCUACUGAUUUUUUCAUUAUCUUUUUAUUGAACACUGAUCGCUCUCCCACCCACUCCCCAAACUUUUGUGUACCCUACGAUUCUCGCUUGAUUUCAUCGCUACCGUGAUUGAUCUCUUUUCGAUUUUUCAGCUCACUCUUAAUAAAAGAUGGUUAACUC